AUGAGCUCAUCAUCCAUGGUUCAGCCCAUAGCCAUAGUGCUCCUCGCCGUGGCCAUCGCUCCUGGGCUCGCCGUCGGUGACUCGUCUGUCAUCAACGCGACGUGUGCGGAGCUAAAACUGCAGCCCUACAACUACUGCGUCGGCGUGCUCUCCGCCAACCCGGCAGCCGCUGCUGCGACGGACGUCCGCGGGUUGGCGGCGGCCGCAAUCAACAUCACCGCCGACAAGGCCGCGUCCACGUUGCGCGUCAUCUCCUACCUCGUCGACGAGCUCAGCAUCUGCCGCGGGCAGUACACUGACAUGCUACAGUCGUUGGCGACCGUGGCCGCCGACUUUGGUGCUGGGAGAUUCGAGAAUGCGUCGUUCGAGAUGUCGGGCAAUGCCACCGGGUACCCACAGGGCUGCGAUAUACUGCUCUUUGAGGGGAACUCCCAUAAGGAUCCAAUUUUCAAGGAGAACGCGGAGAACGACCUGCUGGUCCGCCUAGCAAGUUCCAUUCUAAAUCUGCUGACGGGUAGAUGGAUCUAG